AUGUUUUUUGAACUGUAAGAAAUAUUGUUAAUAUUUUAGGAACAGUCUAAUUGUAACUAACAAAUUAAUUAAGAUCCAUAAAAUCGUCCAAAAUUCCUCUAUUUCUCUAUUUGAAUUAUUAUUUAAAUCGACUUUAAAUAUGAUAUUUAAAAUUUUACAAAUAUAUGAACUCCAUGUGCAUCCUAAGGCUGCUAAAGGAGACAAGAAUCAAAUCGGAGCACCGAUGCCUGGCACUGUGAUCGACAUCAGGAUAAAAGUAGGCGAUACGGUCGAGAAAGGAGCACCCUUGGUUGUAUUGUCAGCCAUGAAAAUGGAGAUGGUGGUCCAAGCUCCAAAAGCUGGAAAGAUCAAGACGCUGGACGUCACUCAGGGAAUGAGAUUAGAAGGAGACGAUUUAGUCUUGACUUUAGAAUAG